AUGGGAAAUAAUCAUGGUUCUUUACCGGAGAUCGAGCAGUUAACGGAGAAGCUGGAUAGAAUGGAGGAGGACAUGGCUCAAAUGGCAGCCACAAUCCAGAGGAUGACAACACAGGGUCCACAAGUGGAGCCAGUUGCAAAGCCCAAGCAGUACGAAAGAAAACAGUACCACAAAGAAGAACCUGCGAAUCCAAGAAAAAACGCUCCAGACCAAGAUCAAGACGGUACCGUUUAUGCCUAUGUCAGCGAAAGCGAGCAAGACAGCACUGAGGCAAGGAAUCAGCCUAUUAAUCAACGUCGUGACCAAGCAAAGAUUGAUUUCAUCAAAGAGUGCUUCUUCAAACACUAUAAAGUACCUGAGGCUUUCCGCAAGCAAAUGUGGAAUGACAGAGUCCAAUGUCUGAAUAAUCGCGCAUACCACACGAGAAAAGCAGAAGAGAAAAAAGCAGAAGAGGAGAGCAGGUAUUGGGUCUGA